AUGACUCACAGGUUCUUGAAGAAGCUAGGCUCGAAUUCAAACCUCGAAUCGCGCGGAUCAUUACCCUCAGAUAGUCAAUCGGACCUUACUAGCAGCAAUUACAUUGAUCCACUGGGUUUGAAGGUCAUACAGGAUGAUGAUGCAGCACUUGCUGAUGUCAUUGCAAUUCACGGACUGAAUGGUCACUGGAAGGAUACGUGGACUGAUCCGGUCAGUCACAAGUUUUGGCUCCAGGACUUUUUGCCCAAGGCCAUUCCAAAAGCACGUAUCAUGUCAUACGGGUACGAUGUGAGCACGCACUCGCCUCAACCGAUACCACAGCAGACCGUGUACGACCAUGCGCAGGAUUUUGUGAGUAAGCUGGUACAGAUGCGAACACGAUCAAAGACUACAGAACGUCCCAUUAUCUUCGUAGCAUACAGCCUUGGGGGGAUUGUACUAAAGAGCGCAUUGAUACAUUCCCACAACGCAUCGGCAAGUCAUCUACCUCAUCAUAGGCCUAUCAAAGCCUCCACGUACGCCGUUCUUUUCAUUGGAACACCGCAGCAGGGUGUCGAUGGCACAACUAUAGCUUCAUUGGUGUUGGGUGUUGGGUCGCUCUUUGUGCACACAAUUUCCAGAUACUACAAGGCAUUGAACAGGGACUCGGAGUGGUUGCAGCAGCAAUGCUCAACCUACCUGUCUAUUAGCAUGGACUUUGUGACGAAAUGCUUCUACGAGACGAAGAAAACAGCCACGAAAGCGGGUCAAUUUCAACAUAUUGUUCCCAAAACUUCCGCAGUCCUUCCAGGCGCUGUGAACAAUGAGUCGAUUGGUAUCCACAAGGACCAUUUGACAUUAGUCAGGUUUGCUCACGAGGAUGAUGAGGACUUUAGAAAUGUCUCAGAGACCAUAUCCGACCUGGUGGAGGAAGCUCCUACAAAGAUUGCGGAUGUCUGGUCCCGCGAGAGAGAGAUCAUAAGGAUAGGAACUUACAAGCCUCCCUUUUCCGUUCCUUUCUCCCAAGACCCGAAAUUUGUUGUACGACAAGCUUUGGCAGAACGCUAUUCAGACUUCUUCAGCAGGACAAAGCUCCAUAAACGUCUCGCUCUCUUUGGCCGAGGAGGCACAGGGAAAACGGCUCUCGCAAUCGAAUUGGGCUAUCAGUUCAAAAUCUUUUUUCUCUCUACUGCAGUCUUUUGGGUGCACGCCGGAAGCCGCACCCGCUUCGAACAGGGCUUUUCUCAAAUCGCGGAUGACCUUCAAAUCCCAGAACGAGAUGAGCCCGAUAAAAACGUUAUGCUCUUAGUGGCAAACUGGCUGAGCAGGCCGAAUAUGGCACCCUGGCUUCUGAUACUCGACAAUGCUGACGACGUCACUAUUUUCUUCGAUCCAGACCACCAGGAAGACGAAGAAGAGCUCUCAAAAUACAUUCCCCAAAGUCCGCAAGGUGCCGUUAUCGUCACUACCAAGAACAAACGUGCCGCAGCAGUUCUUUGCGACAGCGACAAUAUCUUGGAAGUACCGCCAAUGACCCCGGAAGAAGCGCGCAGUCUUCUGCAAAAGAGACUUGGUCGUGAAAUUGAGACGGAUAAUACCGUCGAUGAGUUUCUCCGGGAGCUAGAAUAUCUUCCUCAAUCCAUAACUCAAGCAACGGCAUUCAUGGUAUACAAUUCGAUUGAGGCGGAUGCAUACCUGAUUUUGCUAAAGAGCGAGUCGGAGCAGAUGCAGCUCCUGGAGGAGCCUUAUGCGGAUCUGCGCAGAGACAGGCAAGUGCCAAACUCCAUAAUCGCCAGCGGAAAACUCUCGUUCAAUCAGAUUGAGCGAGAAGAUCCAAAAGCUAUAAAGGUCUUGUCGCUCAUUAGUGUUAUCGAUCACCAGGCAAUCCCGCAGUCUCUGCUUGACGAAGCAUUCGAAUAUAGGCCCCUCGAAUCUACAAGAUCCAUGGGCACGCUGAAAGCGUUCUCUUUACUGGUACCGCAUAAGGAUAACGCGAACUAUGAUAUGCACCGAUUGGUUCAUAUGUCGAUCCAGGCGUGGCUCAAGUCAAGUCAGGCGCUCAAGGAAUGGCAGCAGAUGGCUGUUAGACUCCUAGCGAGAUGCUUUCCUUCGUCGGACUUUGAGAUGUGGGCACUCUGUUCUGCAUACCUUUCUCAUGCCGACGUUGUCUUGAGAUACUCUACUGAUGGCUUACCUGAUCGUAUGCUCCAAAGAGGUUCAAUAUUGGUGAAAACGGCAGCGUUUCUAGAUCGAAGAGGUCACUACACACGCUCAGAGACUCGAAUUCAAGAAUCUUUGUCCCUACGCGAGAAGAUUUUAGGGCCCGAACACGAAGAGACCUUGGUGGUCAUUCAGCAGUUUGCAGUGAAUCUCCGGUAUCGUGGCAAAUUCGAAGAUUCCGAGCGAAUGUGCCUUCGAGCACUUGAUGCACGAGAACGCCUGAACGGAAACUCCCACCCAAAAACCGCCGCAGUCCUCAAUGACCUCGGCAUCUUGCUCAGGAACCGCGGAAGAUGGACAGAGGCUGCUUCAAUGCACCGCCGAGCUUUAGAAGCACGCAAGAAAAAUCUCGGCGGAGAACACCGUCGUACCAUUGAAAGUACUGUUUCUCUCUCGGCCGUGCUAUGGCACCUAGGCCAAAACGAAGAAGCGGAGAUACUCAAUAUUCGUGCUAUUGAAGCUUUCCAACACACAUUGGGGACGAAACAUCCAGAAACUCUGACGGUCGUCAAUAAUAUAGCCAACACCUUGUGGAGCAAGGGGUUCCUAGAGAAGGCGGAAGAGAUGUUUAAUGAAGUGAUUGAGGCUCGCGAAGCCAUACUUGGAGAGGAACACCCAGACACUCUGACAACUUGCAGCAACCUGGGCGCUUUAUACUGGCAAAUGAAACAGUUCGAAAAAUCUGAAACGAUAAGUCGACAGGUUCUAGAGCUCAGAUCAUCGGUGCUGGGCCCCGAACACGUGGACACCAUAACCAGCAUGAACAACUUAGCCAUGGCCAUCAGGGGUAAAGCGAAAGCAAGCCAGGACACCACAAAUCUGAACGAGGUCGCAUCACUUUUGCGCGAAGUAAUAUCAGCUAGGUCAAAGGCCUUGGGUCCGGACAGCCCAGAUGCCUUGGGUGCCGUGAACAACCUGGCUCUCACAUUGAGGGACAUGGGAAGUUUCGAAGAGGCGGAAGCCAUGUUUCGACGCACAGUAGCAGGCUUAGAGAAAGUCGCUGGGGUGGAGCAUCCGAACACUCUUUCCUGCUUUGCGAAUCUUGCGACCGUCCUUCAGGAGAAGGAACGCUUCGAAGAAGUGGAAUCAUUGUUUCGUAAAUGCCUCAAGGGCAGGAUAAAAACACUUGGAGAGAACCACUUCAAAACACAAGAGGUAUCCAAGCAGCUGGAAAACCUGCUUAACACUGAACAAAUUGUCAUAAAGGAGAGGAUAUCAGCUUUUGGAGCGUGA